AUGCAUAAAGUUCACCCAAAAUCCUUUACCUCAAGAUCUCCUAUUCCUUCAGGAAAUAGAGUUCGUCAUAUUUCUCCUAAUAGUCACAAAAGUCCAUCUCCCACAAGAUCUCCAACACUUUCUCCAGUACAAAGAUAUACCAGUUCAACCCUUACAAAAGACUAUUCCUCAUAUGUUCCUGUUCGUCAGGUAAAGAGACCUGUCUCAAUUGAAAGAUCUCAAACCACUCAAUUAUCUAUGAGAGUUCUUACUGAAUCCAAUAAAGCUCUCACCCGAGCAGGAAGUAAGUUCAAAGAGCUUCAGGAAAAGCGUAUGAGCUUAGAAAAUGAAAGUAAAAAGCUUGAAGAAAAGAUAAAAGAAAUCAGGAAAAAGGUUGAAAUUGAGUCAAAAUCAAUUAAAAAGCUCAAUAAUAAAAAACCAAUCCCUCGCCCACAUUGCAGUUUAUUUGCUCAAAAAAUCAAAAAAAUCGUUAUGAAAAAAACAAAAUUUUUUCAUGCUUUUGGAUUUGAAAAAAUCAAAAAAACUUAUCAGUUUGAAAUCAACAAAGAAAGGUCUGCUCGUAAUCAAUAUAACAAAAAGUUAUUAAAAGUGAUUGCAAAUGAAUGGAAAAAAAUAACAGAAAAAACUAGAAGAUCGAUUAGAAAUAAGAUGGGGAUAGCAGAAAGACAUUACCAGCUGCAACUUGUGAUUACUGCUUAUAAUAAGUGGCAAGAAUAUGUUGAAAUGAGAAAGCUGAAUCCUGAUGACAAGUCAAGAAUUGACGAAAUGGGGAGUCUUCUCCAAUCUUUUUGCCAUGAUGCCUUACCUCUUGAGCAUAGUUUUAGAUUACCUGAAUCUCCAUUAUCACUGAUACCAAGCCCUAUGAGACAAGAUUCUUUAUAUUCGGCUCGGGCUGUAUCUUCUCCUGAAACUCAUGCAAGUAAGAUGGGCAUAACUCCUUUGAGCAUAAAUUUUUCUGAUGUAUUAGAUGCUUCAAACCAUAACAAUAUUUCCUAUUCUAAUUUUUCUCCUUUAUUUGGAUAUACAGUAUCUCAAGAUUUUAACGAUGUUUCUAAGCCAAGGUUAAAAGUAGCUAAAGAGACUGAUAAGGAAAAUUUAGGAAUAAUGGUAUGGUUUAUUUAGAUAGGCGCCUAAAGAUCUCACUGGUGAGCUAUUAGAGAUCGCUAAACUCCAUCAUGAAAGAAGCUUGCUUGUAAUAUUAAUUCAGUAUUAUUAUGGCAUGAAGCCAUUACACACAUUCAUGGAUUUAAGAUCUAACUCCCCCUCCGUGAGUGAACAAAAAAAUUUUGUUCACUCAUGGAGGGGGGGUUAAUUUUUUUUUUUAUAUAGAAAUUUUUUUUUUUCGAAAUUUAAAAAAAUCCUAAGUUGCAAAAAAUUGGAAAGCAAAUAUUAAUUUAAUUUAUAAAAUUUAUGUUUUAAAAGCAAUUUGUUUAAAAUUAAACAGAAUUAGCUCUAGAUUCAUUAUACUAAUUAUCACUUAUAUAUCAAAAUUUUUUUCCAAAAAAAAAUUGUUCUAUUUAAAAAAAAUUUUUGUUCACACUCACGGGGCGGGUUUUUGGGCAAAAAAUAGCGAUUUUUCUAAUGGUUUUGUUCACUCACGGAGGGGGAGUAAGAAAAGAGAUUCUAAAAAGAAAGCUAUUGAACACUAUAAUGGGAAUCUCAAACUUAAAGGAUUUUAUUUAAUUCUCACAUAUUAUGUGCAAUCGUUUGAAAGUCAAGAGCAGUAG